GCUAAAGCUUAGGAGCAGACUACAGAGUGGGGAAGAGAGUGCGCAGCCAUGGCGAGCUACGACCUGACCCCGCGGAUUGCGCCGAACCUGGACCGUCACUUGGUCUUCCCACUCCUGGAGUUUCUGCAGGAGCGUCAUCUCUACGAGGAUGAGCAGAUCCUGAAAUCGAAGAUAGAGCUCCUCAACAGGACCAACAUGGUCGACUACGCCAUGGAUAUCCACAAGAGCCUCUACCACACCGAAGACGUUCCCCAAGAUAUGGUGGAGAGAAGGGUGGAGGUGGUGGCUAGGCUCAAGGCUCUGGAGGAGGCGGCAGCGCCUCUUGUGGCGUUUUUGCAGAACCCGAGUGCCGUGCAGGAGCUCAGGGCUGACAAGCUGUACAAUCUUCAAAUGCUCAACGAACGAUACCAGAUAGGAACAGAACAGAUAGAAGCGCUAUAUCAGUAUGCCAAAUUUCAGUUUGAAUGUGGAAACUACUCUGGGGCUGCUGACUAUCUUUAUCAGUAUAGGGCCCUAUGCACAAAUAACGAAAGGAGUCUGAGUGCAUUGUGGGGAAAGCUUGCAGCUGAGAUUCUGAUGCAAAAUUGGGACAUUGCUCUUGAAGAGCUCAAUCGGUUGAAAGAAAUUAUUGACUCAAAGAGUUUUUCUUCACCAAUGAAUCAGGUGCAAAGUAGAAUAUGGUUAAUGCACUGGAGCCUCUUCAUCUUUUUCAAUCAUGACAAUGGACGGACACAGAUAAUUGACUUGUUUAACCAGGAUAAGUAUCUUAAUGCAAUUCAAACAAGUGCUCCCCAUCUUUUACGUUACUUGGCCACUGCAUUUAUUGUGAACAAAAGGAGACGACCUCAAUUCAAAGAUUUUAUAAAGGUUAUUCAGCAAGAGCAGCACUCUUACAAAGAUCCUAUUACAGAGUUUUUAGCAUGUGUGUAUGUCAACUAUGACUUUGACGGUGCAAAAAAGAAGAUGAAUGAGUGUGAAGAAGUAAUAUUGAAUGAUCCCUUCCUUGGCAAACGAGUUGAAGAAGGCAACUUUUCUACUGUACCACUGAGAGAUGAGUUUCUUGAAAAUGCCCGCCUAUUUAUCUUUGAGACCUAUUGCCGUAUACAUCAGCGCAUUGACAUGGGAGUGCUUGCGGAGAAAUUGAAUUUGAAUUAUGAGGAGGCUGAGAGAUGGAUUGUGAAUCUUAUCCGGAGCUCAAAACUUGAUGCUAAGAUUGACUCUCAGUCAGGAACUGUAAUCAUGGAACCCAAUCUUCCCAACGUGUACGAGCAAUUAAUAGACCACACCAAGGCACUCUCAGGACGUACUUACAAGUUGGUCAGUCAACUUCUGGAACAAACACAGGCACAGGUUGCGCGUUAAGUUUUGUGGUGAAGUUCUUAGGAAGUUAUUCAUUCACAUUUCCAUAUUAUUCGAAAUUUUGUUUCUUUUGGGCUGAGUGAAAGAUUCAAAUUUGUGCAAUUCCAGUGAUUAAUUUCAAUUCCCAGAAUUAGAGACUAGAAAUGAUGCAAUUAUGGCAAGAAAUAUUAGAUCGAAA